GUCAGAGAGAAGCAAUAAUUAUUAUUAACAUUUAUUAACGAUCAAUAAACUUGGUUGCAUUAUGGCCAGCACUAUUAAGGAAGCAUUAUCAGUUGUGAGUGAGGAUCAGUCAUUGUUUGAGUGCGCCUACGGAACACCACACCUGGCCAAGACAGAGAUGACUGCCUCCUCCUCCAGCGACUAUGGACAGACAUCCAAGAUGAGCCCACGUGUCCCUCAGCAGGACUGGCUGUCUCAACCUCCAGCCAGAGUCACCAUCAAGAUGGAAUGUAACCCUAGCCAGGUGAAUGGCUCCAGGAACUCCCCUGAUGAAUGCAGCGUGGCGAAAGGCGGGAAGAUGGUGGGCAGCCCAGACACUGUCGGGAUGAACUACGGCAGCUACAUGGAGGAGAAGCACAUGCCACCCCCAAACAUGACCACGAACGAGCGCAGGGUCAUCGUUCCAGCAGAUCCUACGCUAUGGAGCACAGACCACGUCCGGCAGUGGCUGGAGUGGGCGGUGAAAGAAUACGGCCUUCCCGAUGUUGACAUCUUAUUAUUCCAGAAUAUCGAUGGGAAGGAACUGUGCAAGAUGACCAAGGACGACUUCCAGAGGCUUACCCCCAGCUACAACGCAGAGAUCCUGCUCUCGCACCUCCACUACCUCAGAGAGACUCCUCUUCCACAUUUGACUUCAGAUGAUGUUGAUAAAGCCUUACAAAACUCUCCACGGUUAAUGCAUGCUAGAAACACAGGGGGUGCAGCUUUUAUUUUUCCAAAUACUUCAGUAUAUCCUGAAGCUACGCAAAGAAUUACAACUAGGCCAGAUUUACCUUAUGAGCCCCCCAGGAGAUCAGCCUGGACCGGUCAUGGCCACCCCACCCCCCCAACGAAAGCUGCUCAACCAUCUCCUUCCACAGUGCCCAAAACUGAAGACCAACGUCCUCAGUUAGAUCCUUAUCAGAUUCUUGGACCAACAAGUAGCCGCCUUGCAAAUCCAGGGAGUGGCCAGAUCCAGCUCUGGCAGUUUCUCCUGGAGCUCCUGUCAGACAGCUCCAACUCCAACUGCAUCACAUGGGAAGGCACCAACGGGGAGUUCAAGAUGACAGACCCCGACGAGGUUGCCCGGCGUUGGGGAGAACGAAAAAGCAAACCCAAUAUGAACUACGAUAAGCUCAGCCGUGCCCUGCGUUACUACUAUGACAAAAACAUCAUGACCAAAGUCCACGGCAAGCGCUACGCCUACAAGUUUGACUUCCAUGGAAUUGCCCAGGCCCUCCAGCCCCACCCUCCAGAGUCAUCUCUGUACAAGUACCCCUCAGACCUCCCGUACAUGGGCUCCUACCAUGCCCACCCACAGAAGAUGAACUUUGUGGCCCCCCACCCGCCAGCCCUCCCCGUGACAUCUUCUAGUUUUUUUGCUGCCCCAAACCCAUACUGGAAUUCACCAACUGGGGGUAUAUACCCUAACACUAGGCUUCCAGCCAGCCAUAUGCCUUCCCACCUUGGCACUUACUACUAAAGACCUGACAGAGGCCUUUCCCACAGCAUACAAUCUCCAAUAACUUGCCACAAACUCUAUCAGAGAACAUGAAUCAAAAGUGCCUCAAGAGGAAUGAAAAAGCUUGACUGGGGCCGGGGAAGGAAGCCAGGGAAGAGAUCCAGAGACUCUUAGCGGGAGGCAGUGACUACAGUAUUACUACAGAAAAGAAGAGGAGCUAAAAAUGCAGUGUAUAUGGACAUAUAAUCUGUGGACCAAGCUUGUAACAGACAUUGUAUGUAGAAGUACGAAGUCAUAAGAACAAAGUGCCAAAGAAAGUGGUCUUAAGAAGUGUAUAAACUUUAGAGUAGAGUUUGGGAUCCUGCUAGUGCGAACUGAUACUAAACUAAAGCAAUAGAGAUAACACAGUUUUGACCUAACAUACCAUUUGCAAUGUCAUUUUAAGGAAAACUACCUGUAUUUAAAAAUAGAAACAUAUCAAAACCAAAAAAAGAAAAGACGAGAGAAACUAUGACCCAUCCACGGACGUCGAUAUGGAACACAUUGGCUUUCGCUGUUUUGGUUGAAAUCAGAUACAGCUCAUCUGACGGAGAGCUAUCUGCCCUUGCAAACUGUGAUGAUGACCCAAAGUUUCCAACUUCUUUACAGUGUUGCAGGAGCUAUGAGCCAAAUGGUGGGACUGAGAAGGUGCAGAGAGUGAGUGUGUGAUUGUAGACAGAGGGCUAGAGGAGGAGGGAUGGGAGAAAGCAGAGGAGGGAUGGGAGAAAGCAGAGCAGGAGGAGACAGGACUGGGGAGGAAACUUCUCAAGCAGUGAAGACUGGAUUUAGGACACUUGGGGACUGUGGAAAACAAGUCACAGAGACUUGAGGUUUAAUAUGGUCAGUGUUAUACCAAACCCAGUGUUACGAGAAAGGACAUAGCGUAAUGGAGGAAGGGGAAGUAGUUAGAAUUCAGAAACAAAAAUAUAUAUCUCUUUGUUUGUUUGUCAAAAGAAAACUUUAACUGGAAUUGUUUGAUAUUCAGGACCUCGUCAUUAUGUGGGGGCUUUGCUCUCCACAGGGUCAGGUAAGAGAUGGCCUUGUUGGCUUCCGUCAUCAGAAAUCACAUAGGCAUUCGGGGUGGGCGGGCUCCAGUUUUCCUUUUUGAGUCGCAAACGCUGUGCGUUUGUCAGAAUGAAGUAUACAAGCCCAUUUUUUUCCUUUUUAUAUAAUAAUUAUAUAACUUAUGCAUUUAUACACUACGAGUUGAUCUCGGCCAGCCAAAGACACAGGACAAAAGAGACAAUCAAUGAUAGAAUGUGGCCUUGAAUUUUAACUCUGUAUGCUUAAUGUUUACAAUAUGAAGUUAUUAGUUUUUAGGAUGCAGAAUGUAUGUAAUAAAAUAAGCUUGGCCCAGCAUGGCAAAUCAGAUUUACGCAGGAGUCUGCAUCUGCACUUUUUUAGUGACUAAAACUGCCUAAUAGAAACAUGCGCUGAAUGUUGUGGGUUUUGUGUGAUAAUUUCACUUUGUCCAGGAACUUGUGCACGUGAGAGCCAAGCAAAUGGGAUGUUUAGCACCUAACCAGUGCUGGCCUCUUUAGGCCUUCUUGCCCACUCUCUUAUUCCUAGCCUCUUCUGGAACAGAAGGACCAAAGGGUUCCAUAUUUAUGCCCAGCUUAAAAGAGGCAUCUAAAGCUGAGGUUGUAAUCGAGAAAUUCUAGGUCAGCGCCUCAUCAUAAAUCACCCUUAAUUCCUACAGUGAUCAGAAAACAUUUGUUAAAUGGCAGACAAGCUAUUGCUCUUAAUGCAAACUGUAUUGUUAGUGGUUUUAAAAGAAAGCAUCAGGGAUAGCUGCAGUUUCUUACUUUAUAGGGAAGGUUCUAAAUUUGCCUGUUGGCUUCUCUUUCAGAAGAUCUCACCAGGCAGACUGUUUCUUUUGUCUGCCUAUAGAGUAUAAACUGGGCACCAUGGUUUGGGGGUCACCAGCCCUGAGCCUGACGUUCUCACUUCUUCCUCAUAGGCACUGUUUAUUUCUGUGGCCUAAAGUCAAUUUCCCUGGACAUCUUUUCUCUUCUGUGUGUCACAAACGCUGCCAACCUUGGCCAAGGAGGAGGCAAUUCGAGGGGCGUAACACAAAGCAACUGUAAGAAGGAGCGAGUCUAUGCAACUUCUUGGCCUGAGUCAGUUUUUGAACUGGCCCAUUUCAUAGCUGU